UGACCACUUCUUGCAGUGAACGCCGCCUGGCUGGAUAUAAAAUCGCGCAGCAGGCAGCUAUUUUACGUUUCUUAUUUUUUGAGUUCGGGUUUGGCUGACCUUUUUAGAUUUUACUACCGUUAUUUUUACUGGCAGUGUGUAUCUUGUCAACUUCCGAUCAUGGAUGGGGAUAAACAGCCUACCGCGAUGGAUGUCGAUACGACCGUAGCCGCGAAGAAAGAACCAAAAGAUUACAGCUUACUGACAGCGUAUCCCGAACUCCUGGAUCUCCUGAAUUCUCUCUCCCUGGAGGCGACAGGGAAUCGUGUCUUCACUGAGAAUAUGGCAGGGGCGUUCCACACCACUGGCGACAAAUGUCUGGAUUUCUUCGCCAGUGUGGUGCGCAGCACAUCGGUUUCCACGAUUAUUGACGAUUUUGUGGAAGCGUGGAAUGAAGAUCCCGAUAAAGCUCUGCGCUUGCUGAUGAAUCUCCGAGAUGUCCGUGGAGGAAAGGGCGAGAAGAAGCUGCCGCUGGUUCUGCUGUAUGUGUUGUCCUGCUGGAAACCACUGACCUAUCUGGCUAACUUGAAAUACUUCCUGGAUCUGGGUUGUUACAAGGAUCUGCUGAUUAUCGCCGAAUUUGCGGUGCGCUUGGCGGAAGUGCGCUAUUUCAGCCGGAUUCCUGCGCUGCAGAACAGCGAAAUCGAAUUAAAGGUGAUGGCCUGUCAGCUGCGCAAGGAUGACGAAGAUCUGAAGAAGAACGCCAAAGCCGGUAUUAGUCUGUGUGCGAAGUGGGCUCCAUCGGACAACACUCGCUUCAACAAGAAACCGCUGCAUUUUUCGCGUCACAUUAGUAAAACACUGGGGGUGACUAAGAAGGAUUACCGGCUGCAGUUGACCAAAUUGCGAGGUCAUCUGCGUGUCCUUGAAAAGAUGAUGUGCAAUAACCAGUGGGAUCAGAUUGUGUUUUCAUCACUUCCGGCCAAGGCCCAUCGUAUCUACCGAAAAUCAUUCCAGCGCGACUGUAAUGCCCAGAAAAAAGAGUCUGAUGAACGUAAGCAGCUGGCAGCCCGAUAUGCGGAAUAUCUGGAGGGGUUGCAGUCGGGGAAAGAAACCAUUAAGUCAACCGGCACACAGCCGCAUGAGUUGGUGAAGCCCUUUAUGGACAGUCAUGGUGAGAAAGAUUUGACUCUGGAAGGGCAGUGGAAGGAUUUGAUCGCGAAGUUAGCCGAGGCCGGAAAUUUCCGUCACUGCCAGGCGGUUGUGGAUGUUAGUGGCAGUAUGAGCGGAACUCCUAUGCAAGUCGCCAUUGCAUUGGGAUUGGUUGUGACGGAGCUGACGGAGGAACCGUUCAAGAAUAAACUGAUCACUUUCCACGAGAAGCCAACAUUCCAUGCGGUCAAAGGAGAUACACUCGGUGAGAGGGUGCGGGAUGUUAUGCGGAUGGAAUGGGGCGGCAAUACCGAUCUGUUCGCAGUGUUCGAGAUUUUAGUGAAGGAAGCGGUUAAGAAUCCCGGCGCCCAGAUGGUGGAGAAGUUGUUCAUUUUCAGUGACAUGCAGUUUGAUCAGGCCCGUGGCAGUGGUACAUGGACCACGGUGUAUGAAGCUAUUGAAAAGCUGUACAAACAACAUGGCUUCGCCGUCCCGAAGAUCAUUUUCUGGAAUCUACGCGAUACGCACAAGUCAUUCCCGGUUGAAAAGAUGCAGGUGGGCACAGCGCUGGUCAGCGGCUUUUCAGCGCAACUGAUGAAGGCCUUCCUGGAGGCCAAGGAAGACAAAUUCGAUCCGAAAGCGAUUAUGGAGGAUGUGUUGAGUAAGUAUGACGGGGCUCGGGUGGCCGAAGAGGAGCGGACACCUUUUCCCAAUAACAAACCAUGGACGGAGAGCCUGCCGGAGGUGGAGAAAAUUGUGGAAGAAUUGGUGCCGAAGGGCAAGAAAUCUGGACGACGCCGACGUCGUUGAAUGGGGAAACUGGGGUGCACACUUUUGUACUAUGCGUUCAUUGCGUUGUGAUUGCUUUGUUAUUUGCACUCAAGGUUGAAUACGAUUUCACUUUUUAUGUUUGUAUUAAGGUUAUCGAAGUUAUCUGUUGUACGUAAGGAUUCUUCAAGUUGGUUUGGUUAAUAACUUGAUCAGAGUCUUAUUAGCAGAAAUUUAGUUUCUUACUGGAAGAAUUUUAAUGCGCGAUUUAAAUUUUAACCCUUUUUACAGUCUUUAUGUUUACGUUUUUAAACUUACGAAAUGUAUAUUUUACUGGAUUUGGUUUUGUUACGCUUCGAAUUGGUAAAACGGAAAUUAAAAGUACAAACACAAA